UCAUGUUAGUUUGUAAAAAUGUUUCGCAUCUUGAUCGGGCUUUUCAUAAUCGGUUCAUCGUUGGCAAACACCGUCUUCCACAGCGGUGUGCCGAUGCCAGACGGACGAAUUGUUGGCGGCGAAACAACUAACAUUCGCGAAUAUCCUCAUCAGAUUUCCAUGCGUUACCGAGGCAAUCACAGAUGUGGCGGAUCAAUUUAUAACAGAAAUACCAUUGUGAGCGCAGCUCAUUGUGUGAAUACUCUAGCUGAUGCUUCAAACCUGACGAUCUACAUUGGCACCAACAAUAUCUUCUUCCCUACUGGCCAGGAGCUUGCUGUCCGGAAAUUUGUCAUUCAUGACAACUACAGGACCAUUAAUAAUGACUACGAUGCAGCGCUUCUAUUCCUAGACGGAGACAUUGAGUAUAAUGAGAAUGCUCAGCCAAUUGAAUUGGCAACGGAACGUCCUGAGAACGAUACUCCUGUCCUUGUAACUGGUUGGGGAACAACUACUGAAGGUGGCAAUUUGGCCAGCGAGCUGCAAAAGGUGGAAGUAAACAUUGUCGAGAACUCAGCUUGCAAGUCCGCCUAUUCCAUUAUGCUGACCAGUCGUAUGUUAUGUGCAGGCGUCACUGGCGGUGGCAAGGAUGCCUGCCAGGGUGACUCUGGUGGCCCCUUGAUCUACGAGAAUAAGCUGCUGGGUAUUGUGUCAUGGGGCACAGGAUGUGCUCGUCCAAAUUAUCCAGGCGUUUAUGCAUCCGUUCCUGAUGUGCGCUCUUGGAUCGAAGAGACCGCCAAACAGAGUGAAAAUUUGGGUAAAAUUGAAUUUCUGUGAAGAAUUCUGAGAAUAAAUAGAGCAUGUGAAUUUACAAUAAAUACUUCUCAAAUCAUAAA